AUGGCCGAGCAAAGAUCAGCCAUCCAUAUUCCUACGGUCCCACCGGUCCUGGAUAGCGUCCGCCUCCGCGACAUCGAACUUCCUCUCCCUGCAGCUCCAGACGCAUGGCAUCGCCCUGAGAAAGCUCAACCUUGCACCGCUACCCUGAAGCUCUCCUACUCCUCCGCCAUUGCCGCCGCCGCUGCCGACGAUGUCUCCCUCUCUCUCGACUACGGCAAGCUCUUUCGCCGCUUGGAGUCAGAUAUCCGCGACAUGGCGCACCACACCUCGUCGCCCGAACAUCCUCACAAGCGCAUGAUCAGCCUUGAAGGUACGCAGCGAGAGGAAAUGAAAGCCAGCGCCGUGGGCCAAGAUCCCCGUGUGACGGCUGGAAUUGUCGCGAAUUGUGGCCUGGGUCUGCUGGACGAAACGGCCGCGGGGGUGCGGAGAAUGGCGCAUGUGCACCAGAGCCCGCGGAAUAGCUUUUCGGGAAUCCCGCAGACCCCGGCGCCGGCUUCGUGGCCGAUUGAGAAUACCUAUGGAAAAUGCGAAGUGUCUCUUCAUCUGCCCAAGGCCUUGCUGCGUGCUGAGGAAGGACUCAAGUAUCGCAGUGUGACCGUUUGGGGAUACACUCAGAUUCCUGAUGCCUCGCAGGCUGGUCAGUCGAUGGGUAGAUAUCCUGUUGUGUUGGAGGAGGAGUUUUCCCUUGAUGGAAUCCGAUGCUAUCCUAUUCUGGGUGUCAACUCCCAUGAACGUGUCGAGAGGCAGGCUGUUAUUAUUUACUUGGAAUUCAAGGGCCCCGGACAGCUGGCGUGGGGGAAAGUGGACCAGACCUCAUUCCAAACUGUAGAGGCACUGGCAACUUUCAUUGCACGCAUUGUGACUGUGGACUUUGGCAAUGAGAGGGUCACCGUACGAGUUGAGAAGCCCAGUGCCUUGGCAUUCGUUGAAAGAUCUGGAAUUGAGAUCACGCGGUCACAAGCAUUCUUUGAGAGCCACGAGGUGGCACGGAGGUGA